AUUUUUAAAUGCGUUUUUGGUUCUUGCAACCACGGAAAUGGAUAUACUAGUUUUAGCACAAAAAUGAAAAAAAUUAAGGCCCCGAUAUUUGAAGGCCAUUUUGAAGAUCAACGUAAUUCUUUUAUCAUUGGAUCUCAAAAGCUUUAAAAUACCGUUACACUUAUUUCGCUAUUGCUUCUCGUUCUUGAGAUAUUUUGUUCCUUUUGUUCUAAAAUAGAACACUGUGCGCCCUUCGUAAUACAUAGGUGAAGCCUUAGCCUGAGAAAAGCUUAUUAGUAUUUUAAGCUGGAGUGCCGUAUUUUUUUUGGACUAUUUAUUCUUUGAAAUUCUUAUAAUCACGUUUCUUUCAGACCAAAAGAACUUACCACUACGUUCUGUAAUUCCCAGGAUAAAGCUAAACAUUUUACUAGGGUUCUCUAAUUCGACUAAGACUGAGGGUCCACUGAUCACAAAAUGUCUCUGUUAAGCAAAGCUCGACAUAUCUAAUCAUCUUAAUUUUUUCACGUCUGGUAGGUUCUUGAGAUCUCUCAUUGCAGGCAUGUCACUAAGUUAAUCUUUACCAGAUACGUGUCUCUACUCUAUGAUCGCUUAAUUUACAGCUAACUUCACAUAUUCGAAAGAGUUUUGUUAUUGUUUUGCCAGUUUGUCAGUUACUCAUGUAAAUAUUUCUCCUCUGUCAUUUUUGUAAAAGCAGAUGUUAGUUUCUUUCGCUGUUGGAAAAUGGUUUGUGUUGUCUUUUUGGGCCGGUUUUUUUCUCUUUGUUAUUUUUAUUUUUUCGCCGGUCGCUUACCAACUUAUAAAAUUUAUUGUGCGUACAUAAAACUUUGCUACUUUCAGAGUUUUGAUAUACACAAAGAUGGAGCGCAAUCCUAGAGAGAGAAUACGCCAUCCGCCUGGCCUACGCGGCCGUGCGAUUGGCCUCUUUUACCGUAAUCUAUCGAAGAGGAAGCGUCCUAAGCCGGAAACGCAAGCUAUUCGACUGGGACCGUGCGUGAGUGUGCCACAAACUGUGCUGGCGAAGGUGGAAGAAAGCUUACGGAAAUUUGAGCAAAGUUGCGAAGAUGAGCAAGUUUUGAAAGAUUUUGAAGCACAAUUUCGACAUUUACUGUGCGCCGAUUUUGAGGAAUUCAUUUUGAGUACAAAAUCGUCCAACUAUGAACUGAUGAACAAUGAAUUACAGAAUCAACGCUACAAAUCGGAGCUUUUGGCCAAGGAACGUGAUCCAGACUUUCAGCAACGAUAUGAGCAGCGCCUCAAAUUGCCCGCCAUGAAGCAAAAUGAACGCAUAUUGGAAGCGAUCAAGGCAAAUCAAGUAUUGCUGAUCGUUGGCAGCACGGGUUGUGGUAAGACUACGCAGGUGCCACAACUAAUUUUGGAUGAUUACAUCUUCAAUAAUCGUGGCUCACAGUGUCAUGUGGUGUGCACGCAGCCGCGUCGUAUUUCGGCGGUUACGGUUGCUGAGCGCGUGGCCUACGAAAGGUUGGAGAAAUUGGGCGUAUCGGUGGGCUAUCAAAUACGCUUGGAAAGCGAAAUGCCGCGUGAUAGUGGCUCCAUUUUGUAUUGCACCACGGGGGUGCUUUUGCAAAAGUUGCAGUCCGAUCCGCUGAUGAGCGCAGUGAGCGCGGUAAUUAUCGACGAGAUACACGAACGUGGCGUGGAGACCGACUUGUUGUUGGCGUUGUUCAAGUUUAUAUUGCCACAUCGACCCGAAUUGAAGGUUAUACUCAUGAGUGCUACUGUUUCAGAGCACGAAUUCAGCGCUUACUUCAAUAAUUGCUGUACGAUAAACAUUGAAGGCACCAUGUUUCCGGUUAAGGUGAAUUACCUUGAAGAUAUUAUACAAGAAACUGGUUACACACGUUUUCGCAACAAUCCACACGAGUUCGCGAGGAAUAAGCCACGACAUCAAGCCAAUCAACUUGACCGCCAGAGCGCUGCAAAUUUCGAUUACAACGCAAUGAUUGAACCAUAUCUGCGACAUAUCAGAAACCAAUACGAUGCACAGGUGUUACAGGCAUUGCGUUGUACCGACUCGGAGGGUUGCGAGAAUCUACAAUUUCUAGAGCAUUUAAUUUUCUACAUUUGUGAUACAAAACCACCUGGCGCGAUUUUGGUUUUCUUGCCAGGCUACGAUAAGAUCUCCAAAUUGAAUACCAUACUGCAAAAUCCCACAUCACCGGUUGGUCAGCGUUAUUCGCGUAAGAUACAAGUGUAUCCGUUGCAUUCGAUGAUGCCAACCAUGUUCCAAAAGAAUGUGUUCCAACCGCCACCGCCCGGCAUGCGCAAGGUUAUACUCUCCACCACAGUGGCUGAGACUUCCGUCACAAUUGACGAUGUUGUCUAUGUGAUUAACAGCGGACGCAUGAAGACGAAUAAUUAUAAUGUGGAAGCCAAUUUGCAGAUGCUCGAAGAGACUUGGGUGACAAAAGCCAAUACACAGCAACGCAAAGGUCGUGCUGGUCGCGUGCAACCAGGCAUUUGCUAUAAUCUCUUUAGUCGCGCGCGUGAGCGAACAAUGAUCGAUCAAAUAGUGCCCGAAAUAUUGCGCUGCAAAUUGGAAUCCACAAUAUUAAAUUUGAAAAUGUUGCAUGUAAAAGAUGUACAUCACUUUUUGAGUACGCUGAUAUCGCCGCCCGACAAGCAGGCUAUUGUAAAUGGCAUUAAUUUGCUGAAACGCAUCAAUGCGCUGGACGUCGAAGGCACGUUAACACCACUGGGCAUGCAUUUGGCACGUUUGCCCGUCGAUCCACAAAUUGGCAAAAUGCUUGUAAUGUCGGCACUGUUUCGCUGUCUGGAUCCCAUCAGUUCGGUAGCUGCGGGACUCUCAUUCAAGUCGCCCUUUUAUGUACCGCUCGGCAAGGAGAAAGAUGUUGAUCGCAUCAGACGUCAUCUCUCGGCCAACCAGCGCAGUGAUCAUCUGAUGAUCGACAAUGUGGUGCUCAAUUAUCGUGAAGCACUGGAGGAUAAUUGUGAACGCGAUUUUUGCUAUAACAACUUUUUAAGUCUCGGCACCCUGCAACAGUUGGAGCAGAUGAAGAAACAAUUUGCUAGUUUACUACGCGCAUCCAGCUUCACAGAUUCUGGUCAUUGCAGUGCCAAAUCUUCAAAUGAAAAUUCCAGGAAUAUUCCUUUAUUACGGGCCAUUAUCGCCGCUGGUCUCUACCCGAAUAUGGCAUUUUUGAGCAAGGUGCGUCGCACUAGAAAUCACGUUAAUGCCAUACAUCAUCUCACCACACCAGAAGAGCGUCGCGUCAAUUUCCACCCCUGCUCGGUGAAUAGCAAUGAGGCCUCAUUUGAUUCGCACUAUUUCGUCUACUUCCAAAAGCAGAAAUCGAGUAGUCUUUAUCUGCUGGAUGCUACCAUGGUCUUUCCCAUGGCCUUAAUCAUAUUUGGUGAUGGUGUCGAGACGGGCUAUACCGAAAAUAAAAUAUUUUACAUUUCAGUAGGACGCACUUACUUCUUCAAGUGUGACCCCGGAACAGCGAAAGUGAUACUGGAGCUGCGCAAACGUUUGGAAUGGCUGAUGCAGAAGCGCGCGCUAAAUCCAUCCCCAAUCCUGCCUAAUAGUAGUGAGGAUUACAUCGUUAAAGCAAUUCAAAUUCUUUUAUCGUUGGAUGAUGUGUACGAUUAUAGCGAUCAAUAUAUGUCAUCCGAUGAAGAGCAAAACUGAAAUACUUUUGAAUAGUUUGAGUUGCUUUUUAGAUGGUUUGGUUGUAUUUAUGAAUUCUACAUACAAAAAAAAUUGAAGUAUGAAUACAAUUUUUUAGUAAAUGAAUUACUAUUUGCAAGGGCAUUUCUAAAUCUAUAAAAAUAAGUAAACAUUUGUAUUUGCAUGCAUUUCAUGAAUCAUAAAUAAAAAUAUAAAACGUCCAUUUUGGUAUUUUGAUUUUGACACUGCAACUUUAAUCCAAAAAGGAGUAUAAUAGACUAAAACAUAAAUGCAUAGAGAGUGGAAUUUAUGAUGGGAUAAAUUUAUGUACAUUAGACCGUACCAGAAAAAGAAGUUUGCCGUACAUCCCUGAGUCCCUAUAAAGUAUUUUUGCAAGGCAAUUUGGAAAAAUUAUUUAACGUACCACCCUAAUGUCAACUGUCUUUGAACUCACCACUAUCUGUCGAAAUACAAGAAAACUAGCCACUAUCUUGAAAGCUA